GUUAAACCUCGAUGAAGAAGACGAAGGAGGGACAACACCACCGCCCACUCGCUGAUGAUAUGCGGCCUCCGCUGUUUUCAUUCACAGCUCGGACAGGCAGGGCUGACAUGGCUGAAGACUGGAAGUCCGGUUAAUUCAAGCUACCUUACUGCUGGGGUGAAACUCCGUUGUACAAAACACGACAGGGAGUUAUCCGGGAAGCUGGCAGCAUUGUACGGCACUCGAUUCCGGCCGGAUGACAUGGAGAUCUCGGCUGAGGGAGAGGCGGAGGAGCGCAGGAGGGAGCUCUGGAAGCUACUGUCCAGCCUGAAGACCACGGUGGAGGGUCUCGUGUCUACCAACAACCCCAACGUGUGGUCACGUUACGGCGGCCUGCAGCGGCUCCACAAGGACAUGAACAACAUCCUGAGCCAUGGACUGAAGAACGAGCAGGUGUACUACAAGCAGAGAGACUACUGGCCAUUUGUGUGGUGUGUUCGCUACAUCAGCCCCCAACUAGCCUCGCACGUUGAACAGUUCAGUCACUUGGAGCCAGUACUGAGCAGUGGGAUGCAGGGCGUCGGUGAAAGCUACAAGGCUGAGCGCUGGCUGCUACACAGCUUACAGGUCCACAGGCUGUCGACUCAGCUCAGACCUCUGCUCCGGCACCUGGGACACACACGUAAAUACUACAACGAUGAUGCCUUUCUGCUGAGCGAGCCCCAUGUGACCGCCAUGUUCCAGUGUCUUGAAGCUGUGGAGCAAAAUAACCCCAAACUGUUGGCCCAAAUAGACACUGUCGGGCUGUCUCCUCUGAAGGGCCCAUCAUGUCUGGGCCUGUUGAAGAGCCAGAGCCUGUGUGUGUUGCCAGGGGCUGGAGGGGCUUGGAGGAGUGCUGACUUGGCUCCCAGAGGAGAAUCUCUAAAUCGUAGACUCACCACCUCCAACUGCUCCCUCCGAGAAGCAGUUACCACCAGCCACAGCUCUGGGCACACAACGGGAGUCGAAUCCCAAAACAGCAACAGCACAAACACUACCUCUCCAGGCAGCAGCCUGGGAGCUCCCUGGGUGUGUGUGUCCAGGCCAGAAGAGAGCGAGCCAGGUGUGACGCCCACUCCUGGCCCCGUCUCGGCCCCUUGCGUCUCCAUCACACAGUCCCCCCCGGCCACCUCCCUUCAGGCUGAUGCCGUGGACUCUGGUGACGGCGACUAUGACGUGGACGAUGGUCCGGAGUACCUGGCCAUUGGUAACCUGGGGCAACGUAGUCGGUGUGACUCCAGAAGCUCUACCCUCAGCAGUGAGCAGGACGUGACACAGGACCAGUCCGUGCCACAGUGUUCCCUGGCUCGGCCCCCACCCAGACGCUCAUCUUUCUCAGAGGGCCAGAGGGGGCCGGGCCGAGGGUCCCGAGGACACACACGCUCGUUUUCUGACACAGGGGUCAAUCAGAAACUCAGGAAUGAAUCAGCAGUAGACGGCUGUAUGAAGGACUACAGCGGCCCUUUCUCACCUCAGCGCAGUGAUGCCAGCACUGCCAGUUCCCUCUACAUGGAGUCUUAUGGUUGUCCAUACAGAAGCAUUCCAGAUGGGAUGUUCAGGAAGCCGUCAGAGGGUCAGAGCCUCAUCAGCUACUUGUCAGAGCAGGACUUUGGCAGCUGUGCUGACCUUGAAAAGGAGAACGCUCAUUUCAGCAUUUCAGAGUCCCUUAUUGCUGCCAUCGAGCUGAUGAAGUACAACCUGCGGCGUGAGGAGGAGGAGCGCGAGGAGGAAGGCGACAGCGACUGUGAGAUUCAGCAGCUCAAACAGAAGAUCCGCCUGCGGAGGCAGCAGAUCCGACGCAGCCGCCCGCCGCCCUGCGCAACCUCCCAGCACAUUUUCAACUCGACAGACAGCGGAGGCUCCAGGAGGAGCUCUCAGGACUCCUGCCAGGGCCUUUCUGACUCCGGCUCGGCUGAGGAGGUGGAGGAGUGCGAACUACGAGAUGGCUGUGAGGGUCAGUCCCUGCUGGCGGUGUCUCAGAACGGCCUCUCCCUGUCACUCGCCUCCCUCUUCUCAGAUGCAGACAUUAAGCGCAGCGUAUGCUCCAGUGGCAGGUCCUUUCUCAGCUCAGAUUCCAUCUCUCCAUCCUUCCUCCAGUCUAACUCAGCUGAGUCAGUAGCCAUGGGUUUACUCAGGCAAUUUGAAGGCAUGCAGCUUCCUGCAGCCUCGGAGCUCGACUGGCUGGUCCCAGAACACGAUGCUCCACAAAAGCUGCUGCCCAUUCCUGACUCUCUGCCAAUCUCGCCUGAUGAUGGUGAACACGCCGACAUCUACAAGCUGAGGAUUCGGGUCCGAGGCAACCUGGAGUGGGCUCCGCCCCGUCCGCAGAUCAUCUUCAACAUUCAUCCAGCCCCCAAGAGGAAGAUAGUUGUGGCUAAACAGAACUACCGCUGCGCUGGCUGUGGCACCCGCAUUGACCCAGAUUAUAUCAAGCGACUGCGUUACUGUGAAUACCUCGGCCGUUACUUCUGCCAGUGCUGCCAUGAGAAUGCCCAGGCGGUGGUUCCUGCCCGAGUGCUGAGGAAGUGGGACUUCAGCAAGUACUAUGUCAGCAACUUUGCCCGGGACCUGCUGAGCAAGAUCGCCGGAGACCCUUUGUUCAACCCCAGCGACAUCAACACUGGCCUGUACAAGAAGAUCAAAGCUCUGGAGGCUGUCAGGGUUUUGAGGGUGCAGCUGUUUCACAUGAAAAAUCUCCUGAAGACCUGUCGCUUUGCUAAAGAGUUGCUGGACCUGUUUGACAGCCUGCCAGGUCACCUGACAGAGGACCUUCACCUCUUCUCCAUCAAUGACCUCACUGCUGUGCGCAACGGUGAUCUGGCUCCCCGGAUGAAAGAGCUGCUUAAACUUGGUACCACGCACGUAGCUGGCUGUGUGCUGUGCCAGGCGAAGGGCUUUGUGUGCGAGUUCUGCAGCAACGACAAAGACAUCAUCUUCCCCUUCCAGCUGAACAAGUGCCAGCGCUGCGAAGAAUGCCAUGCGUGUUACCAUCGCAGCUGCUUCCGGACAGGUAAAGACUGUCCUCGAUGUCAGCGUCUGGCAGAGCGGAGAGAGAGAAUGGCACGCAAAAACAUGGAGGAACAAGAAGACGAGGGAGGCGGGACCUAGUGCUGGGGACAGAAGAAACUCGGAGACAAACGAAGUAGAGCACAAAUCGACCAUGAUUGUAGUGGCUGACCGCCUCUUUCCGUUCCAGACCUGGGUGACAAUACUCACUGCAAACAGAUCUUUUGAAUCUCAAUAAAUUGACAGAUGAGAAGGUUUUACUACAUCAGGGCAUUAGUUGUGUUAAUGUCAUGACAGUCAGGAGCAUUUAGUGUGAGCUAAGCCCCCUUCACACAAGCACUUAACUCUGUGAAUUGUGGUGGUUUCUUUGUGUCAGCUUCAUAUUUAUAGGAGACUGAAUCGAUUUUCCAUGAAAAUGUAGUGACUUUUACAGAGAAAUGUCUCAGGCUGUGCAAUUUUCUAAUGUCUGUAAUGGAACAGCUUUAAAACUAUAUUCCAACUUUUUUUCUUUAACAUUUUUCUUUAAUAGGUUCAUCCUCAAUAUUUAAUUCCUAAACCAAUUUAUAAAUUACAUUUCCUCGCACAUAAUAAUAAUGUAGGAUUUGGAAAUUUCUGACUUUGGGGACUCCUAGUGGCAGUAAAAAAAACCUCAACAACCCAGCAAUCUCCGUUGUUUCAUUAAUAUGUUUUAAAAUUAAUUUUUUCACUGGCCUGUGAGAGGAGUAAGAACACUUUUCUUCUUUGUGUCAUUCUUUUUCUUUUGUUUUCACUUUUUUGAGCAGCGCUGCACCUGUGAUGCACAGUCCAGAAAGGUUGUUCUGUAGGAGAAAUCAGCUGUCAACACUUUGAGAAGUAGAUCAGACACAUUUGCUUGGACUAUUUUACCCAGGUUUGAUAUUACUUACAAUGCAGCUUCUGGCAACUGCUUGAACUCUGGUGAUUUUAUCGGCUACUGGCUUAGCUAGUUUUUUUUGUGACUUAAAAUGGCAGGAAUAUAUAUAUAUUUUUUAAUUCAAAUGACAAGUAAAAGUUUAGUUCUCUUUUAUGAUUUCACUGGUUUUCAGUGCAGACACUGUAUUUGCGCAAUCCUGCCCUUUGUGCUGAGGUUUUUAUUUUAAUUAGAAAAUACUAAAGAUAUUUAACUAAUCUUUCUUUCUACCCGCUCCUUACUGUCCUGUUUUAAGCUGUUUUAGUCAGGCUUAUGUGCCUCUGGGACCAAUGAACUUAUACUGGUGGAGCAGACGGAGUUACAUUGGAAAGUUAAAUUUACUGAAGGACUGGACUUCAGAAAGGGGUUUUACAGUCAGUGUUGCUAAUGAAACUGCAGAUCCUCCAUUUUUGUGCUGCUUUGUGUGUGUGUGUGUGGUUACUAGAAGAAGCUGUGUGAAUAAGAGUGCUUGUAUUUGUAUGUGCACACAUGUCUACCUGCUGUACAUGCAGCCAUGCACAAAUGGUUUGCACCAGCCUAAUCAGCACUUGCCUGUUUUCUAAUGUACUAGGUUUUGGAUUAAUAGCAAGAGUGUAGUUAAUUGCACUGAAUCUGUCUGUCGUUGUUGCUGCUGCUGCUGCUGUUGGGCGGGUUGAGUUUGGACGUCACUAUUUGUUUUGUUUUUGUAAUGUUCAUUUCUAAGAACACAAACCUUCACCGGGAAAUGUUACUGUUUCUUCCAUGAAGCACCUGUCAUCAGCGGUGCACUACAUUGUUAAUGGUUUCAGUCCAAAAUAAGAGCCAUAUUUUAAUAGAUGAUAUUCACACUCUUAACGUGUAGCAAGAUCAUUAACAAAAUGUAUUAAUCGCCUCUUGGAUGGAAAUUCUUCACAUCUUUUCCAACAGAUCAGUAUAUUACAGUGAUUCCCAGCCUUAUUGGCUUGUGACUCCUUAAAAGAAUACUCAAAACAAUACAGCAGCCAGUUAGCUUAGCUUAGAGUAGAGACUGGAAACUUUGGGAAACAGUUAGCCUUGCUCUGUAUAAAACUGGCCUUGCAUUGCUAACUCACAAAUGAAUAUCAUAUCUCAUUUGUUAAGGCUUAUGUACUGACUAUUUCUUGGCUAGGACCAGUGAUUUCCUGGAAUCUCUGUAAAUUGCCUGGCAACUGGUUAAGCUAAGCUAACAGGCUGCUCAUUAGUUCCUCUAGCUAAAUAUGAGAGAGUAGUAUCGAUCUUCGCAGCAAGAAAGUGAAUAAGCGUAUUCCUUUAAAUUGAAGCCAUGUCUACUUGUGACCGCUCAUGAGUUUUGAGCAGUAAUUUUUCUUUUUACUUUUAAGUUUUACAUGAAGAAUUUUUAGAGACUGCAAAAGGUAAAGGUUUCCAGUGUUUUACAGUAAUAAAAGAGAAAUUAAGUUUUGGUUACCCCUCAGAUUUACCGUGGGACCCAUUUGGUUCAGAACCACUAGCCUAGUUUAUAGAUAUACUUUUUCUUUCAGCAGUUACAAUGUAUUUGUACAUCUAUGGCUUAUUCUCAAUUGUUUAAUUAGAUUAGCCACCGCAGUGCGUUGGGAAAGAAAAUGAAAUUCAUGCCAUAGUUAACGACAGGAGGAAAGUUGUGGGAAAACAAAUAUGCAAACUGCUAUUUAUUUUAUUUUUUUAAGUAACAACCUAUUAAUGGAUUAGGCUCCAGAGUACAUCCUCAACAACCUUUACUUCAUGUGUACAAUUCCUGAUGAACACACUCGACUCUGAAACGCCUCGUCAGCUCAGCAGAUUGUUUGUCCGUGGACUGCCUUUAACAUGGUGGUGUGCGGAUGUUUAAAGUGCACUACAGAUUAAAGUGUUUGUUAUUAAAAAUUGUAUUUUUAAUAUUAUUGUGAUUAUUGAGUUAAUUUGCCUUUGUUCUGUAAUUAUGUUGACAAUAAAAGACUGGCCAGACUGUU